AUGGAUAGAAGCGGGAGGCCGAAGAACCGGACCGUCCUGGAGGCGUUUGCUGAGUUCGAUCCGUCCAACGGCGCAUUUCUCUCCUCUGCUAGUUCCCCUCUUGUUAUCUGCUCGCUCACUGUUUCUACCUCGCCCGACGGUUCUGAAAGCCAGAUCUACGUGGGAACCCUUGGCGGCUCGAUACUCUUGCUUUCGUUGCUAUCUUCGUCGGCCGCUGUGCCUUCAAAACAGAAUGGACUCCGCCUCGACGGGGAUGCCGGCGAAAUGGGCCGUUCCGAUGCGUCGUCCCCGGCGAAUAUCGAGGUCGUGCAGUCGGCUUCAGUGGGGAGGUCUCCUGUCGAGGUGAUUCAAGUUUUCCCCGAGGUUGGCAGGCUGAUCGUGCUCUCGGAGGGUUUCCUUUUCUUGCUGGACGUCCUCUUACUACAACCCGCACAUAAACUGGCUAUAAGUGGGGCAACUGCACUUUCGAGGAGGUUGGUUUGCAGUGACUUGGCGAGUUCCGAUCCACUGGGAUAUGUCGCGUCGAAGUCGGAAAAGUUUGGGGCCGGGCAAAGGUUCCUUCAGAAACUAGGGGGUGGGAACAGAGCCAAUGGUGUGACAUCGAAGGUUCAUGUGGGGCAGAGAGCAGGAGAAGUCAAUUGUUUUCUUGCUGUCGCUGCAGGAAGGAAACUUGUUUUGUUGGAGCUCAGCUUGGGGGAGGGUACGAACAGGGACACAAGGGAGUAUGGGGGCGUCUCUGUUUUGUCGAAGGAAAUUCUAGGCGUUGAAGGGGUCAGAACCAUAGCAUGGCUCGACGAUUCAAUAAUUAUUGGUACCACUGGUGGCUAUGCUCUGUUCUCUACAGCCACAGGACAGAGCACUCCUUUAUUUUCACUACCUGAAUUCUCUGGACCUCCACAACUGAAACCCUUAUUCAAAAGUAAGGAGGCACUUCUUUUUGUGGACAACGUGGGUAUUGUCGUUAAUUCGUUUGGUCAGCCUGUGGGAGGAAGUUUGGUUUUCCAGCAGUUCCCAGAUUCCAUCACGGAAGUCCCACCAUACAUCAUCGUUUCUGGAGAUGGUUGGAUGGAUUUGUACCGGAAGAAUACUGGUAUUUGUGUCCAGUCAGCCUCAUAUCCAAAGGGUAAUGGUAGGCCUUGUCUUGUGGCCGGUGAUGAUCCGGGUUGUGGACAGCUUGUUGCGGUGGCAACGCCAUUUAAGGUCAAACUUUGGUCACGAUGUUCUGUUAAGGAACCGUACUCUAUGUUAAAUUAUACAUCAAGUAUCAUUUUACCUUUGCGUUCGAAACAUUUUCAUGGUUAAUACUUCAUGUUCUCAUAUUGUUCUUGAACUUCGAAAGAGGAUGACGUGGUUCUGGAAGAUGCCUGUUUUUACCCUAAGUGAGAAGUAUACCUGCCAUUAAAUAAUCUAAAAGAGUACGCUCUUAGGAAAAUGAACGAUUCUACUAUCUAUUGUGUAAGAUGUCCCUUACACGAGAAACUAUAUCUGGAUGACAUAUAAGCCACCCCAAAAAUAUAUCUGGAUCUGCUUGAAAAAUCUCGCUACUAACUUUUUAAACCCUGUCAAAUGUGUCAUUAAAAUCUUAUCUUCAAUCUUCCGGAGAUCUAGCUCACUUGAUUUUGUACCUUAUGUUCUGGUUGUCCUCGUGAGUCAGCAAUCUGAAGGUAAGGCUUAGUCAGUUUCUAGCUAUUAUCGUUCCCCAAUAAGGCUAGAUGCUGCCUGAGACCAGAUUUCAUUGAUCGCCAAGAAGCCUAGUCAAUUAACGAAAAUAUUUUUUGAGAAAUUUUAUCUUCUUGAUCCACAUCUCUCGAGUUAUUUCAAAUGUCAUUGGGUUCUCCAUUAACCAAAAUGGAAAUGCAGGGUGUAGUCAUACUUCCACAUCCCCCUCGUUUAUCAGGUUAUUGAGUAAUUACCUCAGGUAACUACCUUAUUUGUUCUCAGAUUACGGAUAGAGUAUCGACUCCAGCAUUAGGCUCCAGCGUUUGUCAGUUGCUGCAGUGAUGGGAUUAGUUCUGACCCUGGAAACGUCAGUCGGCUACACUAGAAAAACUUUUCUUCCAUUCAUAAACUUUCUGUAGAGCAGUCGUUUUCGUAAUGAUAUUUUCGGCAAAAAAAUUAAUAAAACUUCGUUGACUGAAAAUAUUUUCUAAAAUUUAUCAGCUGGAGCUAAAGAUGCCAUGAUUCUAUUAUCAUUUCUUGACAUGAUGUUUUUUCCUUUUUAAGUGAUUGUGGUUUCGUUCAUCCAAGUAAAGAAAUUUUAUCAUAAAACAGAUCAAACAGUAGACAUUACCUUGCGGAUAGAAAAUAUGAAACAAGUUGAAGUGCUUCUGCUUCUUUUACAGCUUUCGAAGACACCUGGAAGAAGAGGGAAUGUUUAUCCAUUUUAUUAAUUAUGGGGGUGGGGCAGGAUGAGGUUAUCUUGGAUGAAAGUGAUUUGAGUGCCGUCAUAAGAUCUUUGAUACCUCUGUUGCACAAUUCUGAUGGCAAUUCAGUGUGUCAAAAUAAACUUUUAUGUAUUCAUUAAUCCGGAACAUUUUAUUGCGGAGUGUAUUGUUUUGAAAUUUACUUAUUAUCUUUUACAGGUGAUCUGCUUUAACAUAAUUUCUGCGGAAGAACAGAUUAAAGAACUUUUGAGAAAGAAAUAUUUCAAGGAAGCUAUCUGUUUGGUUGAAGAAUGUGAGUCUGAUGGUGAGAUGACAAAGGAAAUGCUUUCCUUUGUUCAUGCUCAAGUGGGCUUCUUAUUGCUUUUUGACCUGCAUUUUGAGGACGCAGUAAAUCAUUUCUUGCUUUCGGAGACUAUGCAGCCAUCUGAGAUCUUCCCGUUUAUAAUGCAAGAGCCUAAUCGUUGGUCGACGUUGGUGCGUUUCACAUUCACCACACAUACAUCCAUAUGCUUUUUGUUUUAGUUUACUUAUGGCAAAUAUGUUGAAAUCAGAAGUAUCUGAAAAUUGAAAGCAGUUGUGCGAAUUGUUUGCCUAGAUCUUCCAAUUUCUUAGCUUUAUGGUUCUGCAUAUAAUAAAGCCCAAUGACAGGUACUGGCUCCUGUAUUGAAGGGCUGUCAGUUUGCUUUAUUGAAUUCUGGAUUAGUAGAGCCGAUAGAGACUGAUAUCAGGCAAUCAAAUGUUAAAUUGGGAACUUGCUAUCGAUGUGUUGCGAUGAUUAUCCUGCUAGGGUGUGCAAGUAUGCUAUGACUUGUCUCUUGUGUUCUGUCCACAAAGACAAUGUCAUAUUGACUCAGUUAUUCGUUUAUUGAUUCAGCACGUAUAGAACAUUGUUAUCUCCCCCUGCUUUACUGUUGUUGCGAUGUUCUAAUGAAUGUGAGAUAGAAUGAUAUCUUGUAGUAGUUGAUACAUUAGUUGGCUGUUCAAUAUUUCAUUCGGUGAACAACUUUAAUAUGAGUUGCAUAAAUAGUGCGCUGCAUGUGUUCGCAGUUUUUCUCACAAGGUUCCGCUAAGAAAAAACCACCUUGAUUGUGUUCUUCUUUGUGACUGUUAAUCCUCUUCUUUCAUUUUCUUUAUGUAUAUAUGUUUUAGUUUGUCAAAAUAUAUGAAUAUACUUCAUGUUGUAGGUGCCCAGGAAUCGCUAUUGGGGAUUGCAUCCACCUCCAGCACUCCUUGAAAAUGUGGUUGACGAAGGUUUGGCAGCAAUUCAACGAGCAGUUUAUCUGAGAAAAGCGGGUAUAGACACCACUGUAGAUGAGGAUUUUCUUUUAAAUCCUCCCAGUAAAGUUGAUUUAUUGGAAUCGGCCAUUGAAAAUAUCAUCAGGUUAUUAUACACAUCAGUUUGAGAAAUAGUGCAAUAGUAUUCUGUUUCACAAUAUCUGAUCUUUCUUGAAGUUAUUUGAUUACAUUAAAUAUUUUGCGUUCUUUCAGAAACCGUCAUGCAAACUUUCACCUUUGAAAUUUAGGUACUUACUUGUUUCCCGGGACAAAGAUAUGAAUCCUUCAGUUAAGGAGGGUGUCGAUACACUUCUUAUAUACCUUUAUAGAGCUCUUAAUCAUGUCGAUGAUAUGGAGCAUCUGGCAUCUUCCCAAAACAGCUGUGUUGUGGUACGUGUUGCUUAGCAGUUUCUCUUUAUAUUUUGGAUCAUCUGGGUUUGUUGAAUUAUCUUGGUAAUUAAAUGCCUCAAGACUUUGGACUGUGUUAUGGACAAUGACGAACAGACACUAUUUUUUCAUGUUCUAAAAUGAAGCGAAUUAUUAGAAGCUGCUAGAAUAAUGAUGUUGCAAUUUUCUUGGCUGCAGGAGGAAUUAGAGACUUUGUUAGUGGACUCUGGGCAUUCAAGGACACUUGCCUUCUUAUAUGCAAGCAAAGGCAUGAACUCAAAAGCUCUCACAAUCUGGCGCAAAUUGGCGAGGACUUACUCAGCUGGCCUGUGGAUAGAUCCUGCCACAGUGCAUCUAUUCUCAUCUCAAAGAGCUGCAGCCCUUGAAGCAUCAAAGCUGCUAGAGGAGUCAUCUGACCAGCACCUUAUUCUACAACAUCUUGGAUGGGUCUGUAAGCCUUUUUGAAUAUGUAUGGAGAUGCUAAUGAUCUAUUGAUUUACCUUGGCUCGGCUGAUGGUAUAAGCAUUGUCAACUUUCCCCCUUGUAGAUUGCUGAUGAAGACCCAGAACUUGCGGUUAGAAUUCUAACGUCAGAAAGAAGAUCCUGUCAACCUGCACCUGGUUAUUCUCCUUCUUAGUGUGUUGUUCAUCUUUGAAAAUUAACAUCACACACCGUACUCGCUUCAAUAAUUCUAAUAAGAGGUUACUCAGGCUACAUAAACCUUGGAUUUAAUUUAAUAUACGAUAUUGGAGUGCUUUCUUGAAUGUUUACUAAUUUUGAAGAUUCUGGAUAUAUAGAUAUUAGAUCUAUUUUGAUCUGUUCAAGUGUUUUGCAAUUAAUUUACACGACCUCCUUCUCUGAAAAAUAAACAGUAUUUUUAUAUUUCAUUAAAUACUCUGAGUGGUGACUGCUUCUAUUUAAACAUCUAUCCAAUAUAGAUUGCUUAUAUACUUUAAUGAACAGAUGUGGGUGGCAAUGUCAAACGGUGUCAGCAUGACCACUGAUGCACUUCGAUUAUGGAUAGAAAAAUCGAUUUUAAUGUGAUUUUCAUGUCUGCUGCAGAGGAAGUGCUUGCUGCGAUCGAUCCCAAAAAGGAUGACAUUCGCCAGAGGUAUUGACUGCUUAUCUGUGAGUCCCUUUUUUUUUCCUUCCUGGCAGGGUGUUCAAGUUAUUAUCAAUUUUUUGAUAAUCCUUCUUUAGUAACGUUUUAGGAUACAGUGGUUGCCUCUUCCUUCAUACAGUUCCACAUUUGCUGUUGAUUUUUACAUCAGGAGUUUAUGUUUCUGAGCUCAGUUUUAUAAAGAAGCGGAAAUAAAUGUCUAAUUAUAGGUUGGAAAGUGAAAAUGGGGAUAAAAUUAGGGCUUCACUACGGUUUUGGGGGCUCAAAAUUAGGAAGUGUUUUUUUUUUGGGAAUAACGAAAUUGGGUGCAAAAUGCUAGUGAGAGACUGAAGAUCUGUGAUCAAUGCAUUGAAGCUGCUCGCGUCAAAAGUUCAAUGCAGAGAUCUUCAACGCUCUGACCAUGCUUAUAUCUAGGGAUAUGGAUAGUCUUCGGGGUCACUUUAGGCCCCUUAGGCCAUACCAAUAUCCAUUUUGAGUCGCGGGUUAAAACUUGACGUCAAUAUCCUUCUGGCAAAAGUUUUACAUCCGAAAAAGGAGCCCUAUGAAAUAAGCUAAUAAUUCGAAAUAAGAAAUACAGGGUUGUCGGAAGAGAGCUGUAUUUGAUCUGGCAGUAGACAAGUCACAAGAGCCAGAUGGGUUCCCUCUUAUCUUUGCUAGGAUUCAUGGGUAGUGAUGAAAUAAGAUCUUAAAAUAUGAAGUUCUGCAAAGGUUGUGAUGCAUUCCCUUGCAGGCUCUAAAUAAGAACUUCUUGGUGUUGAUACCAAAGAAGGUAGGAGUAGAUUGGCUUCAGACUUCAUCCCUGUUUUUGCGUUGGUCAGGGCAUAUACAAUUGUGUAGCAGUGUUUGAGGUUUUUGUUAAUGAGAUGAUUAGCCACAAUCAGAAUGCCUGUUUGAAGGGAUCACAGAUUCAAGAGAAUUUUGCAGUUGAUAUGAAUGUAUACAUGCGCGGAAGAGCAUAACAUAAGAGAGGAUUGUUUGCCAAGCUUGGGCAUUAGGAGGUUGAUGAUGAGGUGAGAUGGGAUUGUGUUAAUACAUAAGCUACGAGGAGACAAUAACUCCUUAAAAGCAUGAUUUGAAGGAUGUGCCUGUUUCGGUGGUAAUUAGUGUGGUACACGAUCCCAUUUCAAGGGGAAAGUUGACCCGGGCUGGAAAAUUGGAGAGGCCUCCUUGGUCCUUGCAGGAAGAACCAAAGAAGCAAGGAGAGGAGGAAAAAAAGGUUAAGAGAUGAGGAAGGUGCACUCUGCGGGGGGUGGAGAAAGAAGAGACUGUGGGGAGUGUGGGAUUAUGACAGUUUAUGUGUAUCUGCAUUACUUAUUUCAGUAAAAGUAUUCAUCUCUAGCAUGCUCUGCAGGGUUUGCCCAUUUCGAUUGGAUUUGUUGGUGACCAAUCCCUGCUCAGGUGGGGAAAGCCUGAUUCUCAUGAAAAUUAACUGAGAAAAAAAACUGAGCUCUAUUCCUGGAUGCAUUUUCGAUGCAUUAGAUUCGCUAUAUGAUGGGCACAGAAUCUGAAUCAUCUCACCUCGUCCAAAUACGAAAAUUUUAGACAUGAAUUACUCGGUUUUAUUGCAUUAUUUUUUAUGAAGUUUUCACUGCCAGUAUUUAUUGUUAAUUACAUACUUUUCAAACUCAUGCAGAUAUCUGCAAUGGUUGAUUGAGGAUCAAGACUUUGAUGACCCUCAGCUUCACACUCUCUAUGCCCUCUCUCUUGCCAAGUCGGUGAUAGGAAGCACUGAAAACGAUGGCACAAUUGAGACAAGAAGGUUGAGUGAGAUGAAUGUCAUUGAUGCCGGAGAGGGGAGCAUAAGAGAGAGAUUGCAGCUUUUUUUGCACGGGUCAGAUUUAUAUGAUGCAGAAAAGGUUCUCUAUGUGAUCGAAGAAACAGAAUUAUGGCUGGAAAAGGUUAGGCAUAGUCAUAUUCAAAAACCUUUCCUUCUAUGCAUGAUUAGUGGUCAUCGUUUGUAUGCAUGAUUUAAACGAUGUCUUGAGCACAACAUUAUAAACUUGAAAUGGAACCCUAUAACUAAAAGCUUUAGGCUAAGAUUAGCUACACCUGUUCUUCCUUGCAACUAUCAUAAUAUUACUUAUUUCAUGUUAAUUUAGAAGUCCCUGGAAGCACUUAGACUAUCAGUAUCAUUACUUAUUUCAUGUUCAUACUUGUUCAUGUAUUCUUACAUUGCAAUCUUGUAGAAGUACUUAGACUAUCAGUAUCAUAUAUGAAUCAUAUUCUUUUUUAGGCAUGAGGAAAUAUAGAUUUCUACUAUUUCUACUAUUUCUUGGUCACUGAUCAAGCAAUAAAUGCCCUGAAAUAUUAUGAUGCAAUAACUGGUCCACCAGGGGCCUGCUACACAUCAUCUUUCAGGUCCUAGAAUUAAGUAAAUUAAUAGGGUUUUAGUCGAUGUUUUCUUACUACUGCAUACCCCUCAUUAAAAACAUCGUCUAAACAUAAAUCAUAAGAAUGUUUAUGAUAAUGUAUGUCUGUUUUUGUCGCAUAUUACUUCCAUAUCUGUUUGUGUAACUCUGCUUUCCAUGGCAGGCGAUCCUCUACCGGAAGUUGGGGCAAGAAAACUUAGUUCUGCAGAUUCUGGCCCUGUAAGCUUCCUCAUCCUCAAAGGCCACGCAUGCUUGUUCAUAUGAUUAGGGAGAUCAGAAAAGUAUAUGGAAAACUGAUCUGAUCAAUUAGGCCUAGGCCUAGAUUUUUUUUGCUAUAUAGAUCUAAAUUUGGGUGUUUCAUCUUAUUUAGAAUAAUUGGUCCUAAUCAAGCAGCAAUAAUGGAAUUAAAUAGAAAACCCUAGAUUUGACCCCUACGGAGGGUCCAAAUUUAGGGGCUUCAUCUUAUUCAGAGUAAUAGACCCCAAUGAAUUAUAACCCAAACGCUUGAUUUGACCCUAUAAAUGAUGAUUUAUCUUAUCCAUUGAUCUUAGUCAAGCGUCUAUAAUGCAUUUAUCGAAAAAUUCCCUCAACUAGCAGAUAUGAUAUGCUGCCAAUCGUGCCGUUGGUUGACUUCUGUCGUGCCACAAAUGGGGAUGCUCCUAGUUGACUUUCGUACAUGCCCUUUCAGGAAGCUAGAGGACAGUGAAGCCGCAGAACAGUACUGCGUGGAGAUUGGCAGGGCUGAUGCCUUUAUGCAGUGAGUUGACCUCUGUUGCGCUCUUUACCAUCCAUGGACUUGAGAUGACAGCUCAGCACGUUCCCCGUCUUCUUCUGUCCACCCCUCAGGCUCCUGAAACUCUACCUGGACCCCGAGAAUGGGAAGCAACCCAUGUUCAAGGCCGCGGUGCGCCUCCUCCACAGGCAUGGCGAAUCUCUGGAUCCUCUGCAGGUGCUGGAGGUACACAUUCCUGCUGAAUUUAGAAGGGCCCUUGUUUGGGCAGGAUCGGUCAAUCAGGGCAAUCUGAUCCCCGAUUUGGAAAGGAUCAGACGGCCAUCGUUGGGUGAAAUUAUUUUUGAAGAGUAAUAAUAAUCCCCCAAUAUUCCACCAAGAAUCCGCAUCUGGGUUCAUCUUCAUCGUUGGUUUCCCUGAGAUGGGUUGCUUGUUGUGGCAGAGACUUUCUCCAGACAUGCCUCUGCAUCUGGCCUCCGAGACCAUACUGAGAAUGCUGAGGGCUCGAGUCCACCACCAUCGCCAGGGGCAGGUAAACCCUCCAGAGCUCUUUCUAUGGGGGGAAACCCGUCUCGGCAGGGCCAGUUGUAGUAAUAAUAGAAAGGUGGUGCUGCCAUGUGGCAUGUGGGCCCCACUUGGUAUUUUUUGGCGUUGACUUUGAUGCCCGUUGUAUGAUUUAUUUGAUUGAAUGGUCUAUUUUUGGCCUAGUAGGUAGUUUCCAAGGUCUCCCAUGCUCUGAAACUGGAGGCGGAGCUGGCGAGGCUGGAAGAGAGGUCCAGGCAUGUGCAGAUCAAUGACGAGAGUAUCUGUGACUCCUGUCGGACUCGCCUCGGCACAAAACUCUUUGCAAUAUAUCCUGAUGACUCCAUCGUAUGCUACAAGGUACUCUCUCUCUCUUUCUCUCUCUCUCUCUCUCUCACACACACACACUCUUUACUCUAUACAUAUCUCUAUAUAAAUCAGUAUCCUUCUUUUUUCUCCAUACAUUUCUCCCCUCUCUCUCUCUCUCUAUAUAUAUAUAUAUAUAUAUGUAUUUCUCUAUAUGUGCAUCUGUCUAUCCAUCUAUUAUCUCUCUCUGGAACUUUCGGUCAUGAGUUAAUCUUCUCGUGUAGUGUUAUCGGCGUCUAGGGGAGUCGAUCUCAGCAAGGGGCCGGGACUUCACACAGGAUAUCAUAUUCAAGCCGGGGUGGCUUGUGAGCAGGAGCCCUUGA